UGCCUGUGAGUAGUUGUGAGGUGUGGUUGGUGUAGCUCUCUGUGGGAUUGACUUUGUCGUAACUUAUUUUCCUUUCCGACAAUGCCUUGUUCGGCCAUUACUCUAUCUUUGGCCACGAUAUGCGCCGUUGUGUCGGUGGCGCUGCUGGCCAUCGCUUUCGGCACUGAUAACUGGCAGUAUAUCAAAGUGGACCGCAUUAAAAUUGAGAAGACCCUGUCGCGGUCGGACAUCUCGCCCACCGACUUCGAGAACAGCGGCUUCUACAGGACCCGCACCAAGGGCCUGUUCCGCGUGUGCUACCCCGAGACCAAGCCCAAAGGAGGUGAGUAUCUUCGUGUUGUUGCCCAGGAGUCCUUGGUAAACAAGCCGGGUUUAGUGAACUCUGGCCACACCUGCGACACGGCCACUGUGUGA